CUCUUAGGUUUAACAAGAACCCUCCUCAGUCUUCAAUCUUCACCAAGAAUCAAAUUGAGCAGAUCCCAAUCGCAUUUUCUUGAAAAACCCUCGAACCCAAGAACCCCUAUAUCUUAGUGCACUCAUUUUCUUCUCAAAGAUUCAAUCUUUAUAGCUUGUGUAUCAUUUAUACAUACAAAUAUACACACAAAAUGACCUCCUCAAUAGCUUCUAAACUCCCCUCAAAAACCCUAUCAAGACUCCUCCUUUUCACUCGCAAAACCCCUCUUUGCCAACCCUUUUGCACCCUCACUAAAGCCCAAGCGCAAACCCAGAAACUCGAAAGAAUUGCUGAUGAGCUUCUCAGUCUCAGCAAGCUUGAGCUACAUGAUUACAACAUUCUAAUGCGACACAAGAUGGGUCUUAAUAAAUAUGGGCCUGCUGCUGUUGGUCUUCAAUCCGGGUCUGGUUCCGCUGGGCCUGCUACUGAGGUUAAGGCUGCGGCUGAAAAAAUGGUUUUUGAUGUGAAGCUUGAGAAAUUUGAUGCAGCUGCUAAAAUCAAGAUUAUUAAGGAAGUUAGGGCUUUUACUGAUUUGGGUCUUAAGGAUGCUAAAGAUUUGGUUGAGAAAGCGCCGGUUGUGGUUAAGAAAGGGUUGACAAAGGAAGAAGCCGAGGCAAUUUCUGAGAAGCUCAAGGCACUGGGUGCUACUGUGGUAUUGGAAUGACAUUUUUGUUUUAUUAUAUUUCUAGUAUGUUUAUGUUAUUGGAAUAAUUCACAAGUUCCUUAGUAGAAGUCACUAUUUUCGAAAAUUUGAUGUUUUGUGGAUAUGCAAAUGUGAUCGAUUUUCUAUGGAUGAGUUUAAGUUGUUUUCAAUGGCAAA